AUGGCCAGGUCAAACCAACUCCUUUUCACUCUCUUCCUCGCCCUCACCACCGGCACCCAUGCGGCUCCUCAGGCAGCCGUCGCCGCCGGCGCCGAAAGGCCCGUCAAGGUCGCCGCGCGCGCCGAGCCGGCCGAGUUCGAGCCGCAGACCAACGCCGGCCCCGGAGGCAGCGACUUCAAGGACUCGGCGCACUUCCGGGUCUACAGCGGCGGCAACGACGCGGCCGACUCGCUCGCCAUGCUCGAGGGCGCGUACGAGUGCUUCGUCAACACGCUCGGCUGGCGCUCGUCCGGCCUCUCUUUCAACGCGGGCUCCGACGACGGCCCCUACUGCAAGACCAACAUCUACUCCGUCUCCAACCUCGACAGCGCCGCCGGCGUCAUGCACUCGGAGCCUGAGACCGGCGCCGGCUGGCUAGAGGUCGUCCACCAGUACCUCGCGACGCCGGGCGUCACUGUCCACGAGUACGGACACGCCCUGCACUACCACCAGCGCACCUGGGUGAACCAGCAGCGCACCGGCGCCUGGUGGGAGACGGUCGCCAACUGGAUCGCCGACACGUACAACACGUCGCCCCUCUGCGCCGACGCCCGCGCCAAGCACGCCUCGCCCGAGGGCCGCACCGAGUUCAACGUCAACAAGGUCAUCGGCGACUCGUUCCAGGUCUUGGUCGACGGCUCCGUCGGCUCCGGCAACUAUUACGAGGCCUGGCCGUUCUUCACCUACCUCACCAACAACCCGGACAACAUCGCAGGCCUCGGCAAGGACACGCUGCACCAGCUCAUGGUCCAGUACGAGGAGAACAGCAACGAGACGCCGCUGCACACCCUCGACCGCGUCCUCGCCGGCAACGCCACCGCCGCCGAAGUCGUCGGCCGCUACUGGGCCCGCAUGGCCUACGUCGACAUCGGCCACGACCAGGCCCAGGAGCUCUUCAACCAGGCCAAGGACACGGUCAACUUCGCCAACGUCGACGAGUCAGGAUCAUCCGGCUAUAGAGUCAAGUCCGCCCGUGCGCCUCGCUACAUGGGCUCUAACAUCAUCCCGCUGACGACGUCGAGCGCCGGCAAGGUCGACGUCAAGAUCACCUCGGACGGCGAGUUCACGGCGACGCUCGCCAUCAAGGGAGCCAGCGAGGUCCGCUACGUCACGCUCGUCAACGGUGCUGGCUCCGCCGAGGUCGCCAGCGGCGAGGAGGCCACCUUGGUCGUCGCCAACACACCCAAGACCCCGAUCCUCUACGACGGCUUCGAGCUGGCUAGCAGCGAGGCCAACAAGGGUCUGGACUACUCCUUCACCUUGACCGGUGCCACCGUCGCCUGA